CGUACCUUCUUCCCAGAUUAAAUGACGUCGAACCAAACACACCCGUCGCAGACCGAACACGGAAACACGGCGAGGCCAGAUCAGGGCUCCGUGAGCAUGAAACCUACAAAGAAGGCUGCAAUGGGGAGCGAGGAUGUGUGCGGAGUGUGGCUGGACACGGCGGAUCUUCGCGGGCGGAGGAAGCGGUCCAGCCUGAAGCAGCCCAUCUCCAAGCUGCUGAACCCUUUGGCUCCCUGCCCUGCCUACAGUGUGGCUGUCUCUCUGAGCUUCACACAAACUAAACUCCAGCUACCUCCAACCAGACAGACUUCCAUCACCUCCUUCUUCAACCCAUGGCCCACAGAAGCGAAGGCGGUCGAGUCUUCGUGUUCUGAGCAUAUGAGUGGCUCCUCCACGGCUGUGAGCGAGAGGAGGAAGAGGAAACGCAGCACAGCUGAGGCUGACUGUGACCCCAGAGCCACUGACCACUCGGACCCGCAGGACAGGCCGGCCUGCCAGGACAUCAGGCCGUGUGUCUGGGCAGCUCCAGAGCGCCUGGCUCUCCUGGAUACCAAAUGUCAGUCUGAUGAAGAAGACCAGCCAGCUGUGAAGAAGAGACUCGCGGGACGCCGCCCCCUCCUGCCCGAGCCGGACACCCAGGACGCAGCUCCCUGUCGUGGCUUCAGCAGUGCUGCUGCCGCCUCGGAGCCCCGCGAGCCCCCACUGUCGGACUGUUUCACUCAGGAUUCACGGGGCAACUGUGUGCUGGGGCACCGUGUGACGACGGGAGAUGGCGGCUUUCCAGACAGCCUUGAAAGCGAAUGGCUGUUUGGGGCACUUUUGUCACACGCGGACCGAACUUCUACCCAGAGGAGGCAUGGAGGGAGUCCCCGCAGAGCCCUACGCGAAGAGCCGGGGGAACAGGGCAAAGAGAACAGUUCUGCUCCGGCCUGGACUCAGGGUCUAUCACCGGUGAAGCGCAGAUCCUGCUCUAGCCCGUGUUCUCCCCUUAGGAGAUGGGAGGUCAGCUGUCCAUCACCGCGCAGGUAUGCUCCCAGAAGCCUCCAGGAAGACGAGGAGAACACCUAUGACAUGUUAUUUACACAGGAUUCCCAGGGCCAGCGGGUCAUCGCACAUCAUGGCUUUGAGCCAAGAAGUCCACUGAAGGACUGGGGUAACAUAGCUAACUGCCGUUUCCGGACCGGGUCCUCAAGUACGUCAGCGAAGGAGAAUGAGGACUCAGAACUGGAGCCAGAGAUACUGUUUACGCAAGACUCUGAGGGGAACGUGGUGAUUAAGCACUGAUGGACAUCGUAUCUCUCAUUCAGCAGUUAUGCACAGCCACCGUAGCACUCGGACACUGUGUUUGCACACAGAUUCACUGGGGAAUUUCUGAUUCCAGUUAUAAGCACUGUUAUUGGUGCCACAGUUUACUGGUUCCUUACCUAGUUUUGUUUGAGGUUCAUUGCAGAAAAUCUGAAGCUUAAACAAAAUGGAUAAAAGUAGCUACAUAUCGAACUGUGAUGAACAGAACCACCUACAGCUAAAUGAGGGAAGUAUUAGACACACUUGUUUGGUGAGACAGCACCUUCUAGUGGUCACCAUUUCUACAUAAACUUGUCAGUACAGCAGGGGUAGGGAUCCUGUUCAGUGGAGGGCCGGUGUGGGUGCAGGUUUUUAGGAUGACCUCUCAAUCAGCCAAUAAUAAAUCUGGUUCUCAACUCCAGUUC